AUGGUUUGUCGGAUGUACGAGUUUGUCCCCUGGUGUCUCACCCCCCCUCUGGUGUCUCACUCCCCCUCUGGUGUCUCACUCCCCCCCUGGUGUCUCACCUCCCCCCCUGGUGUCUCACCUCCCCCCCCUGGUGUCUCCCUCCCCCCCUGGUGUCUCACUCCCCCUCCCCCUCUGGUGUCUCACUCCCCCUCCCCCUCUGGUUGUCUCACUCCCCCUCUAGUGUCUCACUCCCCCUCUGGUGUCUCACUCCCCCCUGGUGUCUCACUCCCCCUCCCCCCCUGGUGUCUCACUCCCCCUCUGGUGUCUCACUCCCCCUCUGGUGUCUCACUCCCCCUCCCCAUCUGGUGUCUCACUCCCCCUCUGGUGUCUCACUCCCCCUCUGGUGUCUCACUCCCCCUCCCCAUCUGGUGUCUCACUCCCCCUCUGGUGCCUCACUCCCCCUCUGGUGUCUCACUCCCCCUCUGGUGUCUCACUCCCCCUCUGGUGUCUCACUCCCCCUCUGGUGUCUCACUCCCCCUCUGGUGUCUCACUCCCCCUCCCCCCUUGGUGUCUCACUCCCCCUCUGGUGUCUCACUCCCCCUCCCCAUUUGGUGUCUCACUCCCCCUCUGGUGUCUCACUCCCCCUCUGGUGUCUCACUCCCCCUCCCCAUCUGGUGUCUCACUCCCCCUCUGGUGUCUCACUCCCCCUCUGGUGUCUCACUCCCCCUCCCCCUCUGGUGUCUCACUCCCCCUCCCCCCCCGGUGUCUCACUCCCCCCCCCGGUGUCUCACUCCCCCUCCCCCCCCGGUGUCUCACUCCCCCUCCCCCCCUGGUGUCUCACUCCCCCUCCCCCCCUGGUGUCUCACUCCCCCUCCCCCCCUGGUGUCUCACUCCCCCUCCCCCCCUGGUGUCUCACUCCCACUCCCCCCCUGGUGUCUCCCCUCCCCCCCUGGUGUCUCACUCCCCCUCCCCCCCUGGUGUCUCACUCCCCCUCCCCCCCUGGUGUCUCCCCUCCCCCCCUGGUGUCUCACUCCCCCUCCCCCCCUGGUGUCUCACUCCCCCUCCCCCCCUGGUGUCUCACUCCCCCUCCCCCCCUGGUGUCUCACUCCCCCUGGUCUCUGGUACCUGUUGGGGCCUGGUGCCUCAGACAGAGGUUUCCAUGGUCUUGGGGGCGGAGCUCCAGGAUGA